AAUCGCGCAGGUGGGAGUGGCGCUGCGAUCUUCAGCGAUCCGCCGCAAAUUCGUCGGGAAGGCAGACAAAAUGGCAGACGGCGUGGAUAUUGAUCUCUACGCCGACGAUCUAGAGCAAGACUUUAACCAGGAGGGUUACAAUGAGCAUGAUGCCAACGUGGAUCUGUACGACGAUGUUAUUGCUGCACCUUCCAGCGAUGGAAACACCGACGAGGUGCCUGGGAUUGGUAACCAGUCCCAGGGAAACAGCCAUCCUUCAAAGCGUGUCGCCCUCUACAUUGGAAACCUGACUUGGUGGACUACGGACCAAGACGUCACCGACGCCAUAAGUGCUGUUGGGGUCAACGAUGUGUUAGACAUCAAGUUUUUUGAGAACAGAGCCAAUGGCCAGUCGAAGGGAUUCUGCAUUGUGACUUUGGGAUCGGAUAGUGCAGUCCGUGCUGUCAUGGAAAAGUUGCCCAAGAAGGAUCUCCAUGGUCAGAACCCGGUGGUAACGACGUGCAGUCGUCAACAUCUGAACCAUUUCGAGAUGCAGAGCCGCAAGCCCAGCCAAGGAGCUUCAUCACAGUCACGGGAAUAUGAUGAGUUUUAUCGUGGUGAGCGCCGCAUGGAUCGCUACAUGGGGAAGUACGAUCGGAACUCAGUUGGCUAUGAUGGCAAGGGACGAGGCGAACGUGACCCAUACCACUUGGGCGGCGGUAACGACAGGGGUCCGCCGUCCAGCCGGCUGGGUCCUCGGGGCCCUUCACCCCAAGGACGCUCCGAGAGGAGCCGCCCCUUUCCGAGUCAGGGACGCAUGCCCCCAGUGGGGCCACCGCUGAUUGGACAGGCUCCACCACCUCCUCAGUACACCCCAGGUGCGCCCUCACACAACUACCCACCUCCGCCGAUGAGGCUGGGGGGACCCCCACCCCCCCAGGUGCAUCCCCCGGGGCCCCCACCUCCCCUGCGGCCACCGCCUCCACAGAGCGGUCCCCCGCCACCGUUGCCAGCCAACCUGCAGGGCCCACCACCGCCCACAGGGGCUGUGCCCCCACGAACGGGACCGCCGCCUCCGAGCCUGUUGCGCAUGCCCCCUCCAAGAGGGCCCCCGCCACCGCUUGGAGCGCCCAGGGGUCCACCACUGAUACCAGACCACAGGGGCCCACCACCGGUGACCAAUGAGUGGGAGAGGCCACCAGCUGGACUGCACACCCUGCCCCCAGUGUCACAGCCACCACCGCACCCUGGUGGAGUGCCCCCCGGCCCGGCCCCACCUGGUAUGCCUCCCAAUCGGCUGCCACCGCCUGUGGUACCAGCUCCCAAUGUGCCCCCACCAGCUCCCCACGUGAACCCGGCAUUCUUUCCGCAACAUGCGGGUCUGCCACCACCACCCACCUCCACACAGCCGUCGGACCCGUACGGCAGGCCACCUCCCACACAGUACACCCACGACUACCGUGGACCCACCAGCGACAGCCACCCUUAUUCAGUAGAUCCGAGGAGUAUGUUGCCUGCAUCAUCAUCUAUGCCCUCCAGGCACAGUAGAGAGCAGCAUGACAGGCGUGACAUGAAGAAGCAAGGCUUUUCGGGCAACAAGCAAGACCCGCUGAAUCCUCCCAUCAACGAGUCCGAGUUCGAAGAGAUUAUGUCCAGAAACAGGACAGUGUCGAGCAGUGCCAUUGCCCGUGCCGUGGCCGAUGCCAGCACAGGUGAAUUUGCCAGUGCCAUUGAGACUCUGGUGACGGCCAUUUCACUCAUCAAGCAGUCUAAAGUGGCCAACGAUGACCGCUGCAAGAUUCUGAUUAGCUCUCUGCAGGACACCCUGCAUGGGAUUGAGUCAAAAUCCUACAGCACAAG